ACUGUCAAUGGUGAGGCCACGAUGAAGGAGUGUCUUCUGGUACUGCUGUGUUUGAUCUGCACUGGGCAGGGGGUGGUGACGAGGAUCCCUCUGGUGAAGUUGCCCACGGUGCGCACCCAGCUGCGCGCAGUGGAGCGCCUGGAGGAGUUCCUGAGGGACCAUGCGGCCGACACUUAUCAGCGCCGCUAUGUGCAGUGCUUUCCCCCCGCCACACAGAACCUGGCCAAGGGACGCAGCUCUGAAAAGCUCUACAACUUCAUGGACGCCCAGUACUUUGGGCAGGUGAGUCUGGGCACCCCUGAGCAGAACUUCACGGUGGUGUUUGAUACGGGCUCAGCUGAUCUCUGGGUGCCCUCCUCUUACUGUGUCAGCCAGGCCUGUGAUAACCAUGCGAAGUUCCAUGCCUUCAAGUCCAGCUCCUAUGUGCAUGACGGGAGGCCAUUCGGCAUCACCUACGGCUCGGGACGUCUGCUGGGGAUCAUGGCUCGGGAGCUACUGAAGGUGGGCUCUAUUGAGUUGAAGAACCAGGAGUUUGGGGAGUCUGUGUUUGAGCCCGGCUUCUCAUUUGUGAUGGCCAAGUUCGAUGGCAUCCUGGGCCUGGCGUACCCCGACCUGGCUGAGGAGCUGGGCGCCCCCGUCUUCGAUAACAUGAUGACCCAGAAACUGGUGGAGCAGCCCGUCUUCUCCUUCUACCUCAACAAGGCGAAGAGUUCCUCAUCUCAGGGAGGGGAGCUCCUGAUUGGUGGAACAGACGAGAAUCUCUACACCGGACCAAUCAACUGGGUUCCCGUCACCAUACACAGCUACUGGCAGGUCAAGAUGGACAAGAUCAAGGUCCAGGGAGUAGACCAGUUCUGUUACGGGGCUAAAAGCUGCCAGGCCAUAGUGGACACAGGCACCUCCCUCAUCGCUGGGCCGACCAGUGACAUCGUCAUUCUGCACGAGCUCAUCGGGGCCACACCCACUUCUAUUGGAGAGUACCUGAUUGACUGCCACCGCAUGUCCAGCCUGCCUGUGGUGACCUUCACUCUGAAUGGGGUUGAGUACCCCAUCACUCCAGACUCGUAUGUCAGACGGGAGGUGAUGGGAGACCAUGAGAUCUGCUUCAGUGGGUUUUCAGCGGUGGACAUCCCAACCCCCCUGGGCCCCGGUUGGAUCCUGGGGGACGUCUUCCUCUCCGAAUACUACAGCAUCUUCGACCGAGGCCAGAACCGCGUCGGCUUUGCUAAAGUCAAACCUCAAUAGAUUACUCACGCCGUGUUUUACAGCUGGCGAAUGUCAC